UCCCCUUAUUGUCUUAAGAAUUCCUCAUUUUGUAUUCUCCAUUUUCCCAAACAGCCUUUAGAGUCAAAUUUCCCAGCAACUCUCAGUUUCUGUUGAAUAGAAAAUGGCUGACGGUGAGGAUAUUCAGCCCCUUGUUUGUGACAAUGGAACUGGAAUGGUGAAGGCUGGAUUUGCUGGUGAUGAUGCUCCUAGAGCAGUGUUCCCUAGUAUUGUUGGUCGUCCCCGUCACACCGGUGUUAUGGUUGGAAUGGGACAGAAAGAUGCAUAUGUUGGUGAUGAAGCUCAAUCCAAGAGGGGUAUCUUGACCUUGAAAUACCCAAUUGAGCAUGGUAUUGUCAGCAACUGGGAUGAUAUGGAGAAGAUAUGGCAUCAUACUUUCUACAAUGAGCUUCGUGUUGCUCCCGAAGAACACCCUGUCCUGCUCACUGAAGCACCUCUCAACCCUAAGGCCAACAGAGAGAAAAUGACCCAGAUUAUGUUUGAGACCUUCAAUGUUCCCGCUAUGUAUGUUGCUAUUCAGGCAGUGCUUUCCUUGUAUGCUAGUGGUCGUACAACUGGUAUUGUGUUGGACUCUGGUGAUGGUGUGAGUCAUACUGUCCCCAUCUACGAGGGUUACGCUUUGCCACAUGCCAUUCUUCGUUUGGAUCUCGCUGGACGUGACCUAACGGAUAACUUGAUGAAGAUCCUCACUGAGAGAGGUUACAUGUUCACAACCACUGCUGAACGGGAAAUUGUCCGUGACAUGAAGGAAAAGCUUGCCUAUGUGGCUCUUGACUAUGAACAGGAGCUUGAAACUGCUAGGAGCAGCUCCUCCAUCGAAAAGAACUAUGAAUUGCCAGAUGGACAAGUUAUUACCAUCGGUGGUGAGAGGUUCCGUUGCCCAGAGGUCCUCUUCCAGCCAUCCAUGAUCGGUAUGGAAGCUGCAGGUAUCCAUGAAACUACCUACAAUUCCAUUAUGAAGUGUGAUGUUGAUAUCAGGAAGGACCUCUACGGUAACAUUGUGCUCAGUGGUGGCUCAACUAUGUUCCCUGGUAUUGCUGAUCGUAUGAGCAAAGAAAUCACCGCUUUGGCUCCCAGCAGCAUGAAGAUUAAGGUUGUUGCUCCACCUGAGAGAAAGUACAGUGUCUGGAUUGGAGGAUCCAUCCUUGCAUCCCUUAGCACAUUCCAGCAGAUGUGGAUUUCAAAGGGCGAGUAUGAUGAGUCUGGUCCAUCCAUUGUCCACAGGAAGUGCUUCUAAGUGAACUCAGAUUUGCGGUUGUAGGCAAGUCUUUGAGAUGGGGCUAUGAAAGAAGGGAGAUUAAGAACAUUGUACUGCUGAUACUAUAUCAUGUUUCCAAUGCAAUGUGGUUUAUAUUCUGAACACAUUUGAUAGAGUGCAAGCCUCUUUUGUCUGGAAAUAUCCCUUCUUGAACUCUUAGGUUGUUUGUAGUUGGGGAGAGUGAUUGUGUUGUUGUUGUUUAUUAUUUUGGGGUCUUUUCUUUCAUUUUCUUGUUUUGCUAUUCUAUGGUACUUUUUUUUUCUCUUGGGAACAAAUAUGUCAAUAUUUAUUGAAUGAGAAUUUUUGUAGUAGUAUUUUCUUUGGGAAAUCACUUGUACUUUUUUGUGGAUGUGGGGAUUGAAUUUUUGUGGUGAUACGUUAUUUUCA